AUGGCAGCAACGACCUUCAGCAGUCCGGGCGGCUUCUCGUACGCUCAGGCUGCCAAGGGCCGCGCUGCGGCAACGGCUUCCCAAACACCCUCGAGUAAGGUCACGUCAGGGACGGCUACGCCUGCGACAGGUACCUUCUCAGAGCUUACUCCUGGGAGCAAUUGGGCCGAUGAUGUGGAGUCGGGUGUGAAGGAGAAGAAGUCGGAACCACAACCAACACAACCAGAAGAGCGUAAAAGCUCGCCGAUCAAGGACCCGGCGGUCGAGCAGGCCAAGUCGGAAGACAAGGUGCAGCAGGAUGCGUCAGCAGUGUCAUCACCGGAUAUUACAGCAUCUUCGAGCACUACCGCGAAGGAGGACGAUUCUCCCGCGCCGCAUGCAUCCUCAUCUGACAGCACGUGGGAGACCAAAUCACAAGCGUCUGAGCCGGCGUGGAUUGCAGAGCGCACUCAGCGGCAAAGUCAGCACCAGCAACAGCAGAGUGAAGAAUCGAUGAAGCACGAGAAGAAGGGUAAAGAUACGCCAUCUUCGACACCGGCGAAACCAGUUGCUCUUCAGGAAGCCGCGCCGCCUACGGUGAAUCCGUGGCUGAAGCCAUGGGCUGCUAAGCCGGCCACUCCGUCUUCAUCUCCUGCCACUGCAUCACUGAAGGAAAACCAGAAGCCCACAACUGAUGCCGCGGCCAAGCCGUCACGGAGUGCAUACGCACCCGUCCAAGCACCGAGCAGCAGCGUCGAAGAGCCAGCGAAGUUCUCAGGCGCGCAGGUCAAGCGCGGAGGCGAAGCACGUGCUAGCAACUCCCGCCAAGGUUCCAAGCCGGUCGUUCACGAUAUUCGCACAGACAGUGCCUCGAAUGGUGCGGCCAAAGGCGCCCCAAACGGCCGCCCAAGCCCUGUAAAGGCGUCACCAGCCCCACCAUCUGUGAGCGACGGCGUCUCGUGGCCGACUCCGGAUACGGCGGGCAAGGAGCGGAAGGAGUCAGUGGCGAAGAGCUCGACUGAGAAGCGUGAGGACGAUGCAACGCCGGUCAGCAAGCGCAAGAAGCCAGAGUAUGAGCCACUCAACUUCACGCCGACAUUCAGAUACGAGACUACGGGUACCUCAGACCCGCAGGGGCGAAAGCCAGGUCCAUCAAGAGGAGAUCGUCCUCGUGGUGGCGGCGUACGAGGUGGGCGGGGAGGUCCUCGCGGUGGUAUGAAUGGGAGCGAGCGCCAGGCCUCACGCCCGGACUCCACUCUGACCAAUGCGCAACCUGCGUCUACUGGCGUUACGCAAGACGACUCGAGUGCGCGAGAUCGCGAAGCAAUGCCUCCACCACCGCGGCCAUCAAGCUCGGAUGCGACACAAGAGAGAAAGAAGCAGAACAUGUCGGAGAGGAUCAAUACUAGAAAGCAGAAUGCGAUGAGCACCAAGCAGAACGGCGAAGUUCCUGCGGAACCUGCGAGUGCGACUCAGACGCCCAACGGCACCUUCAGCAAGCCUUUCACGACGACACCGCGCUCCAUGAGUCCCAAUAAAGUCGAUGUCAGCGGCAAGGACGAGGACGUGCCGAAGCCCAUACCACGCCGCACUUCCACUGGCACAAAGACUGAGGAGAUGCCAAAUGGGACGUAUAAGGGCAACCGUGGUCCUCCACCCAUUCGUAUGGUGCCCACUGAGGGUCGCAAGGAGCAUCGCGCAUUUGGCGACUCUCGCGACGGCGCCUUCAGUGGACCCCGAGGUACCCCAGCUAAGCGCAGCGGUCGCGGUCGCGGCGGCGGUCGUGAGGUGCCGAAUGGUCACCCAGGCGCUUCUCCAUACGCUGGCGCACAUUCAAGUGACGUCGCUGGGCAAUUCCAGUACGGCAUGCUUCAAUCACCCACCAGCUACCAUCCCUCUCGCGGUGGCCAUCAGUAUUCCCAUCCUUAUGCGAACAGAGGACCUUAUCGUGGUAACAACACGCGCUCGCACUCGAUACCAAUGGAGCAAUACUACAACCAGCCGCGCUACGGAGGCGCCUAUCCCGACCCACAGCAGGCAGCAAACCUGCAAGCGUUCUUUCCAGGAAUGUUUGACAACAACGGCUACCCAGCGUCGCCCGUACCAUACCCACUGUAUGGCGAUCCCGACCCUGUCCGGAGCGCGAUAGCAGGGCAGCUCGAGUACUACUUCUCAUUGGAGAACCUUAUCAAGGAUACGUACCUUCGCCGGCACAUGGACUCUCAAGGCUUCGUGCUGCUCGAAUUUGUGGCCAGCUUUCCGCGGAUGAAGCAAGCGAUCAGUAACAUAGAUCAUCUCAGAGCGGUGGCCAAGGACUCAAAACUUGUAAUCCUGCGUGCUGGCGAGGACGGCAAAGAGAGGAUUCGCAAGAAGAAGGGGUGGGAGGACUUCGUCAUGCCGAUGGAUCAGCGUGAUGAGAGCGCGAAGACAAACGGCCCCGAGCAUCUGAAAGAGGUUGACGUACCACCGAUGGUCAACACCAGCAUCCCACCCCAGUUCCGCGGGCCUGCUUCUGCGGGUCUACCUUACGCGCACCAGCGAGGCGACCGGAGAUCUUACGACUCAAAUCACCACCACUCACCAUACAACGGAUACAUGUACGGCGAAGGCAUGCACCCAGGUCACACGAACGGAGUUGAGGCACAGAGCAGGAACCUGGCUGCACCGGCUGGACAGCAGUCAGACAUCGGCCGUGUUGAAAGCAAUGGUGCAGAGUACGACGCGUUCCCAGAUGAUCGGGUCCAGGCGCUGUUCGUGUGCUUUCGAUCGGGUGGGCGUCGUCCAGGCGUCUACAGCGCAGCUUCUAGGACAUUCUCCAACGGGUCGAUUGACUCGCGCAGCGCCCUUCCUGAUAUUGACACGGCGAUCAACAGCAAGUCGAAGCCUUUGACAAAUGGUGAUUCUCAGACCAACGGCGCCGAAGACGCUAACAGCUUGUCGCGCCACAUGAGUCCGGGCAAGAUGACACCUGGCGGAGAUCGUGCUCAAGGGACAGCCGAGAACGAGAACAUGUUCUGGGUCAAGGAUCAGGACUAUCCGAUUGAUACGCUGCCGCAAGGUCUUCAGCCCUAUCCCUACACGCAGCUCUACUCGGAGGCGAUGCACGAGCGCCACAACGCCAAUCCAGACGUAUGCCCACCGUCGCUCAGCAACCUCUACGACUUCUGGAGCCACUUUCUCAUCCGCAACUUCAAUACUUCGAUGUACAUGCAGUUCAAGCAAUUCGCCGAAGAGGACGGCCUCAAUCGUGCGGACUUUGAGGGCCUGCGCAACCUGGUCAAGUUCUACUCCCAAUCACUCUCCAGUCAGAACCCCAUCCGCGACCGCGUUGCCAAGGACUACGUCGACCUCGUCAAGAAGGAGCCUGCCAAUCUGCACGGUGCCGCGUUCAAGUCCCUGCGCUCGGCCUGGCGCAACGGCGCGCUGAACCUCAAGAACCGCAAGAAGCUCUCCAACGUGCUGGACGACUCGCUUAAGGAGCAGCUUGACAAGCUUGAUAGCUAG